AUGUAUCAAAUCUCGUUUCUAUUGGCAUUGCAGGUGGCAUUUGCGUCGAUGGUUGCCGCAGCACCCCUUCAGGCCCAGUCUAACUCAUGGCAGUAUGGCACUGGUGGUGGGAUCAUAGGAUUCAUCGUUUUGAUUCUUGAUAUCAUCGUUAUCCUUGAGGUUAUUCAAUCGACCCGCCCCGUCUCCCACAAGCUCCUCUGGAGUCUUCUGGUCUUCCUCUUCCCCAUCGGCGGAAUCAUCAUCUACUGGCUCUUCUCCAACCGUGACAGCCACAAGCCCAGCGGUGGCUACGAACCCAUCAGCAGUUAA